AUGUCUAGAGCACCUUUCAGCGGAUUCAUGGGCGGCUCGCGCCAGGGUGGCGGCCAACAGCCCCCUCCUCCUCAACAACAGGGCUAUGGCGGUCCGCGAUACAACGAUCCUCGCCAGCAGCAGCCUCCCCCGAAUCAGCAAGGCGGUGGGGGUGGUGGUUACGCAGAGAAGCCUCGCGCCCGACAAGUCCAACUUCGGGUCGAGAAAGUCACAGACAAGUCCCUCCAAUCGAGGUUGAUCUACGGUAACCUGUGCGCUGUUUCUCCCGAAGACUUUCCUCCCAACCGCGAUGGAUCCGAUCUGUACAUCCUCCUCCGAGGAGGCCAACCCGUUGGCGAAUACGUCGUCACCGCAAAGCCCGUCCCCGGAUUUCCACAAGGCGGUAUCAGUCUGUCAGACCCCCAGCGAUCAUGGGCCGGCAUCACCAUGCGAGAUAUGUUUACCGGAGAGAUCUACGACCCUUUUACGGCUGGUGGGAAAGCUUACCUAGGCUCCGUCGACCUCGAAAUUGGCUUUGCUUCUCCCAACAAGAAGACCGACGUUCCCUACGAUGAGGACGAGCUAUCCAAGUUGUUCAUUGAUGCAUACCAGAACCAGGUGCUUUCACCUGGCCAGCGCAUUCUCAUGGACCACCGAAAUAUUCCUCUUCUAGUCAUUGUCAAGACAGUCUCUUUGACAGAUUUGGCCAUGUCUUCAGAUGACUCGUCAAAGAAGAUAUAUAGAGAGCCCCAAGCAAAGGGUAUCUUGACUACUCAAAGUCGGGUGCUCUUCCACCGUGAUGCAAAGGGUGGCUUCAACCUCAAGCCCUCAAUGCACAAGCCCAACUCCAAUGCCAUUCUUGCUCCUGACUUCAAGUUUGAGGACAUGGGUAUCGGUGGUUUGGAUGAUGAGUUUGCUACCAUCUUCCGCCGUGCAUUCGCUUCUCGUAUUUUCCCUCCUGGCCUGAUUGCCAAGAUGGGUAUUACUCACGUUAAGGGUUUGCUCCUGUACGGUCCUCCAGGAACUGGAAAGACGCUCAUUGCUCGGCAAAUUGGUAAGAUGCUUAAUGCCAAUCCACCCAAGGUCAUCAACGGUCCUGAGGUGCUCAACAAAUAUGUUGGUCAGUCUGAGGAGAACAUCCGAAAAUUGUUCGCGGAUGCAGAGAAGGAGUACAAGGAGAAGGGAGACGAGAGUAGUCUACACAUUAUCAUCUUUGACGAGCUUGACGCUGUGUGUAAACAGCGAGGCUCUGGAUCUGGAGGCGGUACCGGUGUUGGCGACAGUGUGGUGAACCAACUUCUCGCCAAGCUUGAUGGUGUGGACCAACUUAACAACAUUCUCCUGAUCGGAAUGACCAAUCGAAAGGACAUGAUCGACGAUGCUCUGCUACGACCUGGACGUCUAGAGGUGCAUCUCGAGAUCUCACUUCCUGACGAGGCGGGUCGACUCGAUAUUCUCAAGAUUCACACUGCUAAGAUGGCUUCCAAUGGUCUACUGGACUCCAGCAUUAACUUGGAGGAGCUGGCUGGUUUGACUAAGAACUUUUCGGGUGCUGAGAUCAGUGGUCUGGUCAAGGCAGCAGCAUCUUGCGCAUUUUCUCGACACACCGAAGUUGGUCAGCUUGCGGCAGUGAAGCAGGAUGUUGCAAGCAUGAACGUAAACCGCGAAGAUUUCAUGGUGGCGCUUACUGAGGUUCGACCUGCGUACGGUGUCUCAGAGGCCGAGCUAAUGGAGGCUCUCCGUCUGGGCAUUAUUCCUUAUGCUCCUCACAUUAACACGACCAUUCAGCAGAUGUCUCGUGUUGUAGGCAUGGUCAAGGAGGACCCGAACAAGUUCAGCACAUCUGUUCUUUUCCACGGCCCCAUGGGAUCUGGCAAGACAGCUCUCGCUGCACACAUUGCAUUGCAGUCAGGUUUCCCGUUCGUCAAGAUGGUUUCCCCGUCAGACCUCGUCGGUUACCGCGACGAUUUUGCCAAGAAGGACUACAUUCACAAGGCUUUUACAGACGCAUACAAGUCGCCUGCUAGUAUUUUGAUUCUGGACGACUUUGAGCGCUUGAUCGGAUGGAACCCUAUUGGACCCCGUUUCUCAAACACUAUGCUUGAAGCAUUGACGACUUUGAUCGUCUCCAGGCCUCCCAAGGGACAUCGUCUGCUUGUUUUUGUAACAACUUCAAAGGCAUCUGUACUCCGAAUGCUCGAGAUUGAUAACGACUUCGCAAAGAAGGUAGCUGUGCCUGGAGUGUCUAACCUCCGCGAGUUGGGUACAGUGCUGCAGGAGAUGGACAAUGAGUUCAGCUCCAACGAUAUCAACUCAGUAAUCAACGAAAUCGGUCAUCAGACGGGCUCAGACAACGUUGGAGUGGGUAUCAAGACGGUCCUGGAUUGUGUCUUUGAGGCCAAGCGCGACCCUGAAGGUCGGGUCACAGAAGCAUUCACGGAACUACUAGUGGGAAAGAUCAAUGAGUUAAGAGCUUAG